GAAAUACUAGUAUAACCUUAAUUCUUUAUUGAUUAUGACUUCCUUGGCGCGUUGAUUUAAAGAAUUGGAAAUGUGAAUGUUCUGUUGAUUGCGAUGUUGAGUGAAGAAGAGACGGUAGCCGCAAAAAGUCAGCUCAAUCGCAAUAAUUAAUUCACACUUUGUUUUUGGCGUCAACCAGCAUUUGGAUCAUUUCUUUCAUUUCAGUUUGUUGAUUCUGUUCCUCAAGAUUCCGACAACCUGUGUUGUCCAAAUCAAUAUAAGAAGGCGAGAUGGGGGCGAAGCUCUCGAGCAAUGGAAGUUUUAUCCGUAGGAAUGCAAUCAACCAUGGAUCUUCCCCUCAUAAUACCGAUGAUGCUGAAACCACUCAUUUUUCUACGAGAUAUGGAAGAAUCCCCGACAACUACCGGACUAUCGAACAGGUUACACAAGCGCUUGCUGAAUCGGGUCUGGAAUCUUCAAAUCUGAUAGUUGGCAUUGACUUCACGAAAAGCAAUGAAUGGACAGGGAGAGAUUCCUUCAACGGAAGGUGCCUUCAUCACCUCAGCGAUGGCUUGAAUCCAUACCAGCACGCCAUCUCCAUCAUUGGAAGGACUCUCUCACAUUUCGAUGAGGAUAAUCUCAUUCCAUGUUUUGGCUUUGGCGAUGUUACUACUCAUGAUCGAGAUGUGUUCAGCUUCUAUUCGGACAACAGGCCCUGUGAUGGCUUUGAGGAGGCUGUCUCUCGUUAUAGAGAGAUCGUUCCACAUAUUCGGCUAUCAGGACCUACGUCGUUUGCCCCAAUAAUCGAGACUGCUAUAGGGAUAGUUGAUCGAAGUGGUGGUCAAUAUCAUGUUCUCUUGAUCAUAGCUGAUGGCCAAGUCACAAGAAGCGAUGACAUAGGAUCUGGACAGCUAAGCCCUCAGGAGCAAAACACAGUUAAUGCUAUAGUGAGAGCAAGCGAGUACCCGUUGUCCAUUAUCGUGGUUGGAGUUGGAGACGGACCGUGGGAUAUGAUGCGCGAGUUUGAUGACAAUAUCCCAGCCAGAGCCUUUGACAAUAUACAGUUUGUCAAUUUCACAGAAAUCAUGUCAAGAAAUAUCCCUCUACCCCAGUUGGAAACUGAGUUUGCCUUGGCUUCAUUGAUGGAAAUCCCUUUACAAUACAGAGCAACAUUGGAACUCCAACUCUUGGGAAACCAGAGAGGACACAUCACAACUCUCCCGUUGCCACCUCCAUCACACAACUUGAGAUCGAACAGCGAACUAACCUUAACCCGUUCAAGCAGCUAUAGCCAAGCCUUUUCAACUACCUAUCCAUCCUCUCCUGUUUCCGCUUCAAGCUCUUCAAAUGAAAGGAGGUGCCCCGUUUGUUUCUACAGGAAACGAGAUCUUGCACUUGGAUGCGGCCAUCAGACGUGCCAUGACUGUGCUGAAGAACUGAGCUGGUGCCCUAUUUGUCGGGUGGAGAUAACAACCAGGAUAAGGCUUUAUGAUUAGCCAAUGUUGGAACCAAGAUAUGAGAGCCUCUCUGUAUAUUGUAUAGUGAUUUGAGUAUGUGUAUGUUAAGCAAUAGACACUGAAUUAGUCCUAAUUUUACCUGAAUUUAAAGAGGAAUUGCAGAUGAGUCAACUGCACUUGUAAACAUCAUGUUUGUUAAUGUUUUUCCGGGGAGGAGAGCUGAUUUCAUUUGCCAUCAAAAUGUUUCCUUUUCGGAAGCUUUCUGAGUUAUGUAUUUAAGAUUCAUAACAAGAAAUCUGGUUAAGUUCCCAGCUUCCAAUUUCUUUCACCAAAUCAGUUCUAUAGCGACAUGAAUCAAACUAACUUCAUAAUUUAAUUCAAGACAUACCAAGGAAAAUUAACCGUUGAAACUGAAAGAUUCAUGUCAAACAAAGCUGAGAAAAUGUCGAUGAUUGAUUCAAGUUAUGAUUCUUAGCAUUUCCUUUUUCGUCUUGAGUUUAAGGAAUCAUGUAAUUCAAAUGGCAUAUUCAAGUUCAAUGAAUGUUGCACAACAUGUCAUUUCCAGACAAAUGUUCCUCACCACUUUUUUCUUUGGAAGGUUCUGAAGUUGCAAAAACAAUUCUUACAAUAUUGCAGCAGUUAGACAAGAACACAACUUGGUUGACUCCACCUCAGUAGUGGUGGACUUUGAGUUGAUUUAUCAGUCAGAAAAAGCAGGUAGUGGGUUAGAUCAGUUCACACGAUAAAAAUAAUCCUCCGCGGAGUUAAUUUUCCUCUAUAAAAUAGGACUCUCAUAUCUGCAUUUCAUCCAUUCUAAACUUGGAACGGUAAAAAUGUUGAGGAACAAGACCUUGGCGAUCACUCUGACAUGGCUGCUGCUACUUGCAUUCUUCGCCACUUGUUCGUUUGCAGCUACCACGAAACCUGCUGAACGUGUCGUCCACCCACAAGGGUGUCGCUGCUGUUUGUUUAACUUCUCCAAGCCUCUCAUCACCUGCGCAAAAGUCUGCUGUGGCGAGAAUUGCUGCUAAGAUCACAACAACUACAAAGAAUGUGCUGUUACCAUAUGUAUCUUGAAACUUAAUUAUAUUUAUAUUUGUCUGUUUUUGUAUUUGUCAGCCUAUAAGUUCAUUUUCAUGUGACCAAGCAACAUAGAUGCAGCGUAUAACUUGAUGCUGCAAGUGCAAAGUUUCAUAUCGUAUGCAACACAAGAUGUCACUUACAAGAAUAUAGUAUCAAAUCAAAUAGAAAUCUUCAAUAAA